CUAUCGAUCAAACUUGGUUGUUAUAUUGCGCAUUUCAGCAAAAUGGCCAUUUUGGAAAUAAAGUAAUUUUUUAAUUGCUAAGUUGAGCAAGUCUAGUUUGUAUAUCCCAUUUAAAAAUUUUAUUGUUGUUGAUAGUUUUGUAAAAGUAUGCAUUUCGUUGGCAAAUUGGAAUUGAAAGAAGGAAAGAUGCAGUACAAAUUUGGGAGGAAUGACUAGUCUACAAAAGCAAUCUGAAAGGAUGGUGAUAAGUUUUGGAGGAUGCCGGAAUGUUAUAUAAGAGGUAGUACUAUUAAAUAUCUGAGAAUUCCUGAUGAGGUAAUAGACAUGGUGAAAGAAGAAGUUGUAGUUAAAUCUAGAGGCAGAAGUGAAGUGAAGGGCCGUGGUGGUCAGCAGCGUGGUCGAGGAGCACAACGUGGUGCAUUUGGCGGCCGAGGUGGAAAAAUAGGACGUGGUGGUGGUGGUGGUGGAGGAGGAGGAGGAAGAAAUCCUCCCAACAAGAACAAGCCAAAAUAAUUUAAACAU